CACUGCUACGGUCACACUGUCAAAAGGAAAAACGCGAACGCGUAUAAAAGAAUUUUAUAUUUUAUUUAAUUUAUUAGUUCUUAGCGAUAUAAUAAUCAGAGCUCUACAGUCUCGGACUCAAAUAUGGGCAGCGCACUAGAGAACUAUGUGAAUCAGGUGCGCACACUAAGCGCAACGGGCAGUUAUCGGGAGUUGGCCGAUGAGUUGCCCGAGUCGUUGUCGCUGCUUGUGCGCAACUGGAGCAUAUUGGAUAAUGUGCUCGAAACGCUGGACAUGCAACAACACACAUUGGGCGUGCUCUAUGUGAUUCUCGGCAAGCUGCACAGCGUCGCCUCAUCAAAUCCGGAGCCGGCACAGAUAAUACAAUUAAUGCGCGACUUUAUGCAACGCAGCAAUACUGAGCAGCUGCGCUUUGCCGUCUGUCCGUUUUACGAGACUUGCCAUUUGUUUACGGACUUUUUGGUGCAAAAGAAUCUUAGCAUUUUGGGCAUUAAAGUGCUGUCGCGAGCGAUUGAACAAAUCAGACAAUUGGACACACAGCUAACACCAAUACACGCCGAUCUCUGCCAGCUUAGCCUUAAGGCGAAAAACUUUAAUCUGGUGCUUCGCUAUCUGGAUGCGGAUAUCACAGACAUCUCCACCGUGGCCGCCGAAUGCAAAAAUCAGCAACAACAGCAGCCACAACAUACGCUGGAUGCCAACAACGAUGCCAAGUACUUUUUGUUGUACUAUUAUUAUGGCGGCAUGAUCUAUACGGCUGUUAAGAACUACGAGCGUGCUUUGUACUUCUUUGAGGUGUGCAUUACCACGCCCGCCAUGGCCAUGUCCCACAUUAUGCUGGAGGCAUACAAAAAGUUUCUCAUGGUUUCACUGAUUGUCGAGGGCAAGAUUGCGUAUAUACCAAAGAACGCACAAGUCAUUGGUCGCUUUAUGAAGCCGCUGGCGAAUCAUUAUCACGACCUGGUCAAUGUGUAUGGCAACUCGUCGAGCGAGGAGCUGCGCAUCAUUAUACUCAAAUACAGUGAAGCAUUUACGCGUGAUAACAACAUGGGUCUCGCCAAGCAAGUGGCAACGUCUUUGUAUAAGCGUAACAUCCAGCGUCUUACGAAAACCUUUCUAACUCUCUCCCUAACCGAUGUCGCCAGUCGUGUCCAGCUGCCCAGUGCCGUUGAAGCGGAACGUUACAUUCUAAACAUGAUCAAAUCGGGUGAAAUCUUUGCCAGCAUCAAUCAAAAGGAUGGCAUGGUUCUGUUUAAGGAUGAUCCAGAGCAAUACAACUUACCGGACAUGUUCCUCAAUGUGCAAACGAACAUAACGCAAGUGCUCGAUUUGGUUAAACAAAUCAACAAAAUGGAGGAGGAGAUCAUUUUGAAUCCAAUGUAUGUGAAAAAGGCGCUGGGCAGUCAGGAUGAUGACUUGGCGUCACAGCAUCCCAAGACCUAUUCGGGUGAUCCCACGGAUUGAAAACACAUAAUGAUGCUGCAAAGGCGUUAAGAUCCGGCCCUGGGCCAAACAUCCAACUCAUAUGCUCCAGCAACAAAAACAACA